AAAUAAAAUAUUGUUACACCCACAGAAGACAACUUAAAAAAAGUACCGAAGAUAAUCAAUUCUGGUUAAACUAUUGUCCUCUAGUACAGGUGAAUUUGAUAGCCACGUGUUGUCACUCGGAGAGCAAUGGGGGUACACGGACUGUGGAAGCUGCUUGAGACCACCGGGAAGCCCACCAACCCCGAGACGCUCGAGGGCAAGAUCCUGGCUGUCGACAUCAGUAUCUGGUUGAACCAGGCAGUGAAGGGUGUGAGAGACAGGGAGGGUAACAGUGUCGAGAACGCCCACCUCCUCACCCUGUUCCAUCGCCUCUGUAAAUUGCUCUUUUUCCGCAUCAGACCUGUCUUCGUGUUCGAUGGAGACGCACCUCUGAUCAAGAAACAGACCCUGGCCAUCAGAAGACAGAGGAAGGAGGAGAAGACUAUGGAGUCCAAACAGACCAAUGACAAACUCCUCAAGACCUUCCUGAAGAGACAGGCCAUCAAAGCUGCUCUGGGAGAGAGGAGUCAGGAUCAUCUGCCCAGCCUGUCUGGUGUGAGGAGAGAGGAGGACAUGUACAUGCUGCCUGCCCUGCCAGCCCAGGAGGAGGAGAGAGAGAGGAGCAGCUCAGAGGAGGAGCAGCAGGAGGAGGAGGAGGACAGCCGUCACAUCUACCAGGGGGAUUUCUAUGAAGACUCUAACUCUGUGGACAUCAACUCUGAGGAGUUUUCUGCCAUGCCUCCUGAGGUGAAACAUGAGAUUCUUAAAGACAUGAAGGAAUUCAGCAAGAGACGACGCACCAUGUACCACACCCCCCCUGAGCGGUCAGGUGACUUCUCCCAGUACCAGCUAGCAGGGCUGCUGCAGAGGAACAAGCUGAACAUGCGUCUGGAGGGGGUGGAGAGAGAGAUGUCCAACCGCAGUGCAGGGAAUGCCCCGGGGGUGGAGCUAUACAACCAGGGGAAGGGGCACAGCGUGGAGACACGACGCCUCCUCUCAGAAGACUCCACCCACUACAUCCUCAUCAAAGGUCCGAAGAAGACCGACAACAGUGUGAGGGUGCCAGACAUCCAGCCUGCGGCCUGUCCUUGGUUGGGUGGUCCUCUGUCAGGGAGGGUUAGGACGGGGGGAGGGGAGAGACCUGAGCCCCUUUGGAGACCCAUCUCAGAGGAGGAGAGCCUGGAGGAGGGACCCUCAUCAUCGUCUAAACAUCCCCAGGACCCUAACCCGAGCCUGGGGGAUACGGCACCGACCUCCCCCCGGACACUGAAGGCCAUCCAGGCUGCCAUGGAUAGCAGCUUCUCAGAUGAGGAGGAGGAGGGGGAGGAUAGCUCCUGGGGUAGAGGAGGGAGUAGGGCUGAGGAGGAGGGGGAUAGGUCCUGGGGUAGAGGAGGGAGUAGGGCUGAGGAGGGCGGUGGCAGAGUGUCUCCUCGUACCCUCCUGGCCAUUCAGCGAGCCAUGGGAGAAGAGUUGGAGGUCGGCCCGUCCCCAUACACCACCAUGAUUGGCAAUUCUCCUGUUAAGCCCAACCCUCCCAGUCCCCAGCGUCCUGCGAACCGAUUGGUCGUCAUCAGCAGCUCAGAGGAGGAGACUGAAGGGAAGGACACGCCCCUGAGGACAACUCUGACCAAUGAGGACAGGCUUGGGGUGGAGAAGGGGGAUGAGCAACAGUCUCCCCUCCCCCUUAGCCUCCCCAUUCCUCCUGCGGACAGGGUGCUCCUCAGCAGGGAGGAGGUGGAGGAGAUUCUGAGGAGGAGCAAGGAGGAGUUGGAGCAAGCCAUCGACAACAGGAACAGGGCUUUCCACUCUGCAGUAGGUCAGGGGGACAGUUUGGGUCAGGCUGUCUGUGUUAUUCCCCCAUCGGGCCUAGGUCUAAACAGAGAGGAGGAGACGGGGAGGAGCAGCCUAGUGACUGGGCCUUUACCUCCAUCGCAGCAGGAGAGGAAUGGACAGAAGAACAGGGAGGAGAGGAAUGGACAGAUUGUGAAGAUGGAGGACGGUGAGGAGAACAGUGAUUCAGAGAGCUUCAUUGAUGUGUCUGAGGGGGAGGAGCUAAAGGAGGAGGAGACAGAUGAUUCACUGAUAGAGGUUGGGGGCGGUGCUCCAGCUAAGGCACAGGAAGACGUGGCCAAGAAGGAGGAAGAGGAGGAGGCUUUAAGUAGCAGAGAGAGGGAGGAAGAGUCCCAGCCUCCCACAGAGCCCAGCCCAGCUCCUCCUGCCCUAGCGUCUGUUCCUCUACCCAACGAGUGGGAAUACAUCAACGUGGAGGAGCUGUUACUGUGUACAGUAGUGGAACUGGGUUGAUGCAGUACCUGUAUUGUCCACCAGGAUGAGCUGGUGGCGCUAGAGAGCAGUCUCGGAGAGCAGCAGUCCAGUCUGAGAGAACAGAAGCAGCAGCAGGAACGCAUCGCUGCCACCGUUACCGGACAGAUGUGUCUGGAGA